UGAUUGAUUGAUUGAUAAACAAAGGAUGUGACUCUAAACUUAUGUUUCUGAGCCCCAGCUUUCCCACAAACCCCUCCCUCCUGUCCCAGCUUUUUCUUCUUUUUAUUAAAGUUUCACUUUCACUUGUCCUGAACUUGGUGUCGCAGAUGAUCUUGUCGGUGUGAAUAUCCAUGUGAAGGCAGACUGCAGACUGGGAAACACCAGUCCUUCUUAGUCCUUCUACUCACAACAUAUAAGAAUCUAACUGGAACACGUCCUCUUACUGAGGUCUGCACUACGAAGCAGGAUUUGAUCUUAUCAAGCCACAUGAUUGGUCAUGAACAUAGAAAGUGUGUGUGAGAUGAUGUGGAUGUGAAUUCAGCAGCAUGGAUCAGUGUGAGGACAGAGAGGAGGGAGUCCCUCCCUCUAAAACCACUCUGUGUGGGGAACAUGAGAGCCAGACCAAAGCUCAGAGGAACCAACCUGGACCUGAACCCAGCUGUGUGUCCUUAAAGAGUGACACGUCAAAGGAUCUUCGUAUUCAUUUUAAAGAAAGACAUUUAUCUGACACAGAGAUGUAUCAGAAAGCUGAACUCAGCUGUGUGUCCUUAAAAAGCAACAUGUCAAAGGAUUUGAAUAUUAAUUGUAAAGAAAAUUCUUCUGCUGCACAGAGGUUGGACCAGGUGACUGUAGAGAGACCCAGUGGUCAGUCUGCCCAACAACAUCAAACAAAACUGGACUCCAUACUUAUGCUCCUGGAAGCCAAGAUUGUAACGUUUGUGAAGAAUGAGCUGAAGAAGAUCCAGAAGGUUUUGAGUACAGAUUACCUAGGUUGUUUGGAGAGUCAGGAUGAGGAAGUGUUGGAGGGUGAGGAUGAGGUGUGUAAGAGGAGCAGCAGAGAGGCAUUUGUGAAGAUUGCAGUGGACUUCCUGAGGAGACUGGAGGAGAAGGAGCUAGCUGACUAUCUGCAGAACAAAUUUCUCAUUCAGCAUCCAUACCAGCAAAAACUUAAAUCUCAGCUGAAGAAGAAAUUCGAGUGUGUGUUUGAAGGAAUUGCUAAAGCAGGAAACCCAACCCUUCUGAAUGAGAUCUACACAGAGCUCUACAUCACAGAGGGAGGAACUGCAGAGGUCAAUGAAGAACAUGAGGUCAGACAGAUUGAAACAGCAUCCAGGAAAUCAAACAGACCAGAAAAAACAAUCAGACAAGAAGACAUCUUUAAAGCUUCACUUGAAAGAGAUGAACCAAUCAGAACAGUGCUGACAAAGGGAGUGGCUGGCAUUGGGAAAACAGUCUUAACACAAAAGUUCACUCUUGACUGGGCUGAAGGCAAAGUCAAUCAGGACAUCCAGCUCAUAUUUCCAUUUGCUUUCAGAGAGUUGAAUGUGCUGAAAGCGGAAAAUUUCAGCUUGGUGGAACUUGUUCAUCACUUCUUUACUGAAACCAAAGAAGGAGGGAUUUUAACCUUUGAAGACUUCCAGGUUGUUUUCAUCUUUGAUGGUCUGGAUGAGUGUCGACUUCCCCUGGAUUUCCACAAAACUAAAAUCCUAACUCAUCCUAGAAAGUCCACCUCAGUGGAUGUGCUGCUGACAAACCUCAUCAGGGGGAAACUGCUUCCCUCUGCCCACCUCUGGAUAACCACACGACCUGCAGCAGCCAAUCAGAUCCCUCCUGACUGUAUUGACAUGGUGACAGAGAUUAGAGGUUUCUCUGACAAACAGAAGGAGGAGUACUUCAGGAAGAGAUUCAAAGAUGAGGAGCAGGCCAGCAGGAUCAUCUCCCACAUCAAGACAUCACGAAGCCUCCACAUCAUGUGUCACAUCCCAGUCUUCUGCUGGAUCACUGCUACAGUUCUGGAGGAUGUGCUGAAAACUAGAGAGGGAGGAGACCUGCCCCAAACCCUGACUGAGAUGUACAUCCACUUCCUGGUGGUUCAGGCCAAAGUGAAGAAGGUCAAAUAUGAUGGAGGAGCUGAGACAGAUCCACACUGGAGUCCAGAGAGCAGGAAGAUGAUUGAGUGCCUCGGUAAACUGGCUUUUGAUCAGCUGAACAAAGACAACCUGAUCUUCUAUGAAUCAGACCUGACAGAGUGUGGCAUCGAUAUCACAGCAGCCUCAGUGUACUCAGGAGUGUUCACACAGAUCUUUAAAGAGGAGAGAGGACUGUACCAGGACAAGGUGUUCUGCUUUGUCCAUCUGAGUGUUCAGGAGUUUCUGGCUGCUCUUCAUGUCCAUCUGACUUUCAUUAACUCUGGAGUCAGCUUGCUUAAUGAGCAACAAAACACAUCACAUCAGUCUGAAAGAAGAAAAUCUGCAGAUGAAUACUUCUAUAAGAAUGCCGUGGACAAGGCCUUACAGAGUCCAAAUGGACACCUGGAUUUGUUCCUCCGCUUCCUCCUGGGUCUUUCUCUCCAGACAAGUCAGACUCUUCUACAAGGCCUGCAAACACAGACUGGAAGGAGUUCACAAACCCGACAGACUCUCCUACAAUCUUUACUGACACUGAUGAGAAGUAGCUCACAAAUUAAUCAGAAAACAGUCCAGUACAUCAAGAAGAAGCUUAGUGAGAAUCUUUCUGCAGAGAAAAGCAUCAACCUGUUCCACUGUCUGAAUGAAUUAAAUGAUGUUUCUCUGGUGGAGGAGGUCCAACAGUCCCUGAGUUCAGGAAGUCUUUCCACAGAUGAACUGUCUCCUGCUCAAUGGUCAGCUCUGGUCUUCCUCUUACUGUCAUCAGAAAAACAUCUGGAUGUGUUUGACCUGAAGAAAUAUUCGGCUUCAGAGGAGACCCUUCUGAGGCUUCUGCCAGUGGUCAAAGCCUCCUCAAAGCUCAGUAAACUCAGUCGCUGUAACCUGUCAGAAAGAUGCUAUGAAGCUCUUUCAUCUUCUCUCAGACUGGAAGACUGUGAACUGAGAGCUCUCAACUUGAGCUACAAUGACCUGAAAGAUUCAGGGGUGACACUGCUGUUUGCUGGCCUAGAGAAUCCAUGCUGUAAACUGGAAAUGCUGAGACUGAGUGGCUGUAACCUCUCCGAAACUAGCUGUGUAAGUUUCUCUUCAGUUCUCAGUUCACAAUCCAAUAGUCUGAGAGAGCUGGACGUGAGUAACAAUGACCUGAAGGACUCUGGAGUGAAAGUUUUGUCUUCUGGACUGGGAAGUCCACAUAGUAAACUGGAUACACUCAGGCUGUCAGGCUGCCUGAUCACAGAAGAAGGUUGCAGUUUUCUGAUCUCAGCUUUUGGCUCAACUCCUUCCAAUCUGAGAGAGCUGGACCUGAGCUACAAUAAUCCUGGAGAGGAAGGAAUGAAGCUGGUGAGGCAGCUGAGACCAAACACUGUCAGGGUGGAGCCUGCUGGAGUCCGAUGGUUGAGACCAGGUCUGAGGAAGUAUUCCUGUCAACUCACAAUCGACACAAACACAGUACACAGAAAUCUCAAACUGUCUGACAACAACGGGAAGGUGACAUGUGUGAAGGAGGAUCAGUCAUAUCCUGAUCAUCCAGACAGAUUUGAUUAUCCUCAGCUGCUGUGUAGAGAUGGUCUGACUGGUCGCUGCUACUGGGAGGUCGAGUGGAGAGGAAGAGUUUAUAUAUCAGUGAGUUACAGAACAAUCAGAAAGCAGGGGAAACAUACAGACUGUGUGUUUGGAAAGAAUAAUAAGUCCUGGAGUCUGUUCUGCUCUGGAGAUGAUGGUUACUGUGUUUGGCACAAUAACCAGAAGACAUCCAUUUCCUCCUCCUCCUCCUCUGUCUCUAACAGAGCAGCAGUGUAUGUGGACUGUCCUGCUGGCACUCUGUCCUUCUACAGAGUCUCCUCUGACACUCUGAUCCACCUCCACACCUUCAACACCACAUUCACUGAAGCUGCGUAUCCUGGAUUUACAGUCUCAUGUGGUUCCUCAGUGCGUCUGUGUGUAGUUUAGUUUAAAGAGUGUCUUGUUAGUGUCCUGUAACACUCUAAUUGUUGAACAGAUAGUUCAGUCUAUACAUGUCUGUUUUUUCACUCAGAAACACAGUUUUAGAUUCAUGGAUUCAAUCAGUUGAUGUUUUAAACUGUUUUUCUGUCAAAGCUUCACAUUGAAUAUCAGGCUACGUCCACACGUACCCGUGUAUUUUUGAAAACGCAAAUUUUUCUAUGCGUUUGCACCUUUCGUCCACACGUAAACGGCACUGAAAACUGAGUUUUUUAAAAGCUCCUGCCAGGGUGGAGAUUUUCGAAAAUUCAGUUUUUGUGUUUGCGUGUGGACGAGGAAAACGGAGAAAAUGCAACAGCAAAGGUGUGCGCCUUUUUUGACGUCACACUGUGCGUCACAUUGUUUUGGUGAAAUGUAUUUCUAUGAUGGCGGACUUAGACAAAAUACUGUUACUUUUAAUUUUACUCUCUGCAGUGUUUAAAUGCUUACAUGUACACACACAGUUACUGUGCCUCCACACAUAGGACUCAGUUCUGCUUCUAUGCACCAUCUUUGUUUACUC